GGGCGCUCUCCCAGUGACUCAAGGCGCGCGGGGCUCGGCGCACAGCGCCAGUCUCCGCCCUGCAGCGCCGAGUGUGCCUGCUGCGCCGCCGCUGUCCGUGCCUGCCGCCGCUUUCCCGCCGCCGCCACCGCCACCAUGCCCAACUUCGCUGGCACCUGGAAGAUGCGCAGCAGCGAGAAUUUCGACGAGCUACUCAAGGCACUGGGUGUGAACGCCAUGCUGCGGAAGGUGGCUGUAGCGGCUGCGUCCAAGCCGCACGUGGAGAUCCGCCAGGACGGAGAUCAGUUCUACAUCAAGACGUCCACCACGGUGCGCACCACUGAGAUCAAUUUCAAGGUCGGAGAAGGCUUCGAGGAGGAGACAGUGGACGGACGCAAGUGCAAGAGUUUAGCCACUUGGGAGAAUGAGAACAAGAUCCACUGCACACAAACUCUUCUUGAGGGGGACGGCCCCAAAACCUACUGGACCCGUGAGCUGGCCAACGAUGAGCUCAUCCUGACGUUUGGCGCCGAUGACGUGGUCUGCACAAGAAUUUAUGUUCGAGAGUGAAGGCUUGUUCACACUUAUGGGAUGGGACGCAGCUUUCCCCAAGGAAUAUGUCAUAGGUCUGAGCUGCUGGUGGACCACCCCCUUUCCCCUAGCAACAUUAGGUGAUCCCAUUUUCCUCAUGACAAGGUCGUAGUGUUUUCCCCAAGGCCUUCGUGCCUCUUGUAUCCCUGGUACUCCGUAGUUUGAUAUUUGCACGGUUUUAUCAGUCAUUAAACUGGUUGGACACAU